GGCUGCAUUUGAGUAAUGCGAUAUCUAAAUUAAUUACUCAUCUCUAGUUGCCAAGUUUUGCGAAGCUUAACACUAUAAUCUAUUGUAAAGAGUUGUGGAAAGAACAGACUUCAAAAUGAAUUGGUGUGAAACAUCGCACGAAAUUCAGAAGAUUAUUUACACGUGGACGAUCAAAAACUAUGAAUUGUUACAUUAUGUGCAAAAAGAUAAAGCGCUUCAGUCACCCGAGUUUCCAAACGACGGAAGUGGUCUGCAACUUUACUUGAAGCUCAGCGUUGUAUCUAAUGCGACAGACCAGACUGCCGUUAUGUUGUACAACACCUCGAAAAACUUAACCCACUUAGGAAAGGUGCACCUUUGUUUUGGAAGAGAUCGGAGAGGCUUAAAAGAUUUCCAAUUACCUAAAACUGGAGCAUGUAACUACAAAUGCUAUGAGGAUGCCCAACUACUUAAAUCAGCUGCCUCGGACAGUGGAAAUCUAAUAAUAAACUGUGACAUCACUUUAAUUGGAGAAUGUACAAAUAAAAGUGGACCGCAAGAAAAUUUAAUCAAAGUGCCCAAUUGCAAAUUAGUUGAAGAUCUUGUUGCUAUGCUUGAAACAAAGGAACUGACAGAUGUGACAAUCGUCACAGCCGACGGACAUAAGAUUCCAGUUCAUAAGAAUAUUUUAUCAGCACGAAGCAAAGUCUUUGCAGCCAUGUUUAAGCAUGCAAUGCAGGAAAAUACUGAGAAUUGUGUCGCCAUUAAAGAAUUCAAUUUUGAUGUUGUCUCUGAGCUGAUUCGAUUCAUGUAUUCAGGGGAAGCCCCGAAUUUGAAAGAGAUGAGUGGCGAACUUUUGGCGGCUGCUGAAAAAUAUCAACUGGACAGACUGAAGAUGAUGUGUGCCAAGUUUAUGGCCGACAAUCUGAGCAUAGAUAAUGCAGAUGCAGUGCUAAAGUCAGCCGAUCUAUACAAUUUGCGCGAUCUUCAGUUGAAGACCAUUCAAUAUAUUCAAUAUAACAUUGAAAUAUAUUAAAAAUUUGUAUGGAGCAAAAGCUUCAAGAAUUAAAACUAGAUGAUUCAUCAAGCAGCCAAAAGAAGUAAAAACAAUGGAGCUUACACAUACAAACAUAUAUACUAAAAUAUAUCUUAUCAUAUUAUUUUAUACAUACAUUUGAUACAACAUAUUAAU